GAGUGAAGGACGCUCAGAUCUCGCAGAGGUGGAGAGGAGUCAUGGUCACACUGAGGUUCUGUCUCUGUGAAGUGGACAUGGUGAUGAACAGGGCAAAGCGGCAGAAAAACUAAAAAGAGAUACUCAAGACAAAAAAACGGACAGAUGGAUAGUCACGACGAAGGAGGAGACCCGGAAGGAGGAGGGAAGGAGGACAGAUCCAAAGCUAUGGAGGUUGGUGAUGAAGACAAGCAGACCAAAGACAAGCACAACAAGCUGGAGAAGGAGAUCAGUGAGAAGAAGCCGAAAAGGCGCCGCUGCCAGUGGAGGAACGGCUGGGCUCUGGCUGAACGUCUCACCAUUAAUGUGUCGGGAAUGCGUUACGAGACUCAGAUCCGCACGCUCUCCCAGUUCCCCGACUCCCUGUUGGGAGACCCGGAGCGCCGGAUUCGCUACUUCGACCCCCUGAGGAAUGAACUCUUCCUGGACAGGAGCCGCGUCUGCUUCGACGCCAUCCUCUACUUCUAUCAGUCGGGCGGGAGACUGCGUAGACCCGCCAACGUCCCCCUGGACAUGUUCAUGGAGGAGCUGCGCUUCUACGAGCUCAGCGACGAGAUCAUCGACCGCUUCAAGGAGGACGAAGGCUUCCCCAAAGAGGAGGAGAGACCUUUACCCACCAACGACCUGAAGCGUCGUCUCUGGAUGCUGUUUGAGUAUCCAGAGUCGUCCAGUGGAGCUCGCAUCAUCGCCAUCAUCAGCGUCAUGGUGAUCGUGAUCUCCAUCCUCAUCUUCUGCCUGGAGACUCUGCCCGAGUUCAGGAAUGAGAAGGAGCAGAGGGAGCAAUUCACCGUUGUCCCUCACCCCACCAUUGAGAACGAAACCAUCUCGGUCCCACCUGGAUUCACUCCCUUCCAGGACCCCUUCUUCAUCGUGGAGACGAUUUGCAUCUUCUGGUUCUCCUUUGAACUCAUUGUGCGCUUUAUCUGUUCUCCGAGCAAGAUGCACUUCUUCAAAGACGUCAUGAACACCAUCGACUUCUUCGCCAUCAUUCCCUACUUCAUCACACUUGGCACGGAGUUGGCCAAGGACAAAGGCGCACAGCCCUCCAUGUCUCUGGCCCUCAUCAGGGUCAUCAGACUGGUGAGGGUCUUCAGGAUCUUCAAGCUGUCUCGUCAUUCAAAGGGUCUGCAGAUCCUGGGCCAGACUCUGAAGGCCAGCCUGAGGGAGCUCGCCCUGCUCAUCUUCUUCCUCUUCAUCGGCGUCAUACUCUUUUCUAGUGCUGUCUACUUUGCUGAGGUGGACAGACCUGACACGUCAUUCACCAGCAUCCCUGAGGCUUUCUGGUGGGCGGUGGUGUCCAUGACGACAGUCGGGUACGGGGACAUGUUCCCAGAGACUGUUGGGGGAAAACUGGUGGGCUCCAUGUGCGCCAUCGCCGGUGUACUCACCAUCUCCUUGCCGGUGCCCGUCAUUGUGUCCAACUUCAGCUACUUCUAUCACAGAGGGAUGGAGUGUGAGGAAACUACACAGUACCAUCACAUCUCCACGUUGCUCUGGGAAAAGGACAAUGAAGAUGACGGAGAGGAAGGAGAUGAGGAAGGAGUGGAUGAAGACCCUGAAUGCACAGAGGAUUACGAACCUCUGAAUGGACAGAACAGCAGAGGCAUUUGUCCUCCGCUCAAUGGGACUCUUCUCACGGGACUUUGUGAUGGACAGAUGACUGGGGAUCUGCGAGGAAUUAAUUUUUACCUCAGAGAACCUCUGGUCACUCAGGUCUGACAGAGAUCAGACGGACACAGUUUUUAGACUAAUAUUAAAAGUGUACCUGGUCAAGAGAAGGUGAGCUCCACGGAGGUGACACUGUAACGUAAUGUUGGACACAGAAGCGAUGCAACAGGGUAGGCACAACAGACAGUGUCCUGGGGCCUAGAGCUGAGUGGGGCGGCCCCAAACGUAGUCCACAACAGGGCUGCAACUAAUGAUUUUUAUUUUAAUUUAUUAUUGAUUAGUUGUUUGGUCCAUAAAUGUCAGAAAAUUGUCAAUGUUUCCAAAACCUCAAAAUGAGUAUAUCCAUGAUUCCUGAUAAAUCAAAUAUGUGUAUCACGACCAGGUAACGGUUAAAUAUCAUCACUGGUUAUGACUGGUUGGAAACCGCCUGUCUUCGCCUAGUGUCCCUGGCUCCCUGUGGUUUAGUUUGGAUUGACGUGGGGUCCACAGACCCCUCUUGCCGGGGGCCCCCAAAGUCUCUUGAAAUGGCCCUGCUUGGACUGAUUUGAGCCCCUGUUUGCACCUCUCGUGUGAUCAAGGUACCGACAUCAUAGACUUGUGCUUGAUUAUAUUUGACAGAAAUAGAGCAUUCAUCUGUUUUUCUGAAUGAUCAAAUAAAAGUAAAUGUUCUGCAGGUUGA